CGCCGCCUCAGUGUCUGAGCAACUGCCUCGAGCUGCGGUUCGUGUUCCUCGUGCCUCGCGUGAUUUUCGUUUCAUUUGUUUGUUUGCUUCGAUACGACAACACAACGAAUCGGUUUUGUUUUUCCAACGCUUGAGCGCAUUUAUGCAAAUGUUAGAUACGACAUUAUCUUAGCUGCUAUAAAAAUCGCAUAAAAACUAAACGAAUGUGGCAAAUAAAAUUUCAAAAUUGAUGUGAAUUCAAGAUAAAUCACAUAUUUCUUAUGCCUUACAUAUGUAAUCCAGACAACUGAAGCAGUGCGUAAAUUAAAUGCGAAAAAUACAUACUGUGGAUUGUGUACAAUAAGUGUUUAAUCGAGCAUAUGUAUAUCGUGUUAUAUAUCGUGUAUAUUGCAAUAAAAAUACGAACAACCAAAUAAAAUGCCAGCAUGGAGCUGAUAAGCAAAUACAAACAGAGAAAGCUAACAACGGGCGAUGUGCGCAAUCUAAAUCAUAUUGUUAUAUGUCUCAUGGUGCUGGUGGCGAUCUUUUCGAUUAUCUGGAGCGUUUCCUUGCACAUGUUGUCGGGCGAUUUCAAUGCGGGAAUCAUUAGUGCCAAAAUAACGUUUAAGGAUCGCGACUUUGACCAACUGAAUGCGAAGAGCAAGGAGAUUAUCAAACAGGAUCUGCAGAAUCUAGGACAACUGUCGUAUGAAUACGAAGAAACGCCGCAACCGUUGAAGAGCGACAGCCAAACUAAGAAGCCAAAAUACAAAUUCGAACAUAUCUACGAGACUAAGGACAAUGCGCCACUGCUAGCGCGUUUGGUCAGCGAUCAGGAGCGAGCGCCGGAGGAUGUAACAACCACAACAAAUGAGCCACCCAAGAUUGUGCCGAAUGCUGAAGCGGAUCUCAAAUUUCUGUCUAGCCAGUCUAUAGACCAACAUGGAACUCGCUGGAGUCGUGGCAUUGGCGCUCAAUUUGUUUACGCCUUUCCAGUGAUAUCGGAAAUUGUGGCCAUUAUCUGGACGGCCAUGUGUCUCAUCUAUCAAACGGGCAGCAAGAAAACAUCUGUCCUGCCAAAACCGUGGCGCAUUGUCGUGCCCUCCAUAUUGAUCUUCUCGCUGAUGAGCCUGGGCAGCGCAGCAUAUACGAUACUGACCAAUGGCUAUCUGCGCCGGCUGUGCGGGCAAUUGCGGCAGAGUCUCACUAAUCCACUGGCCAUUAGCUGUGGAGAUGCCAUUGCUCUGCUGCGACCGCGCAUUCACGAGCACAGCAUCUCGCAUGAUGCAUAUCUGGAUCUGUUUCGGUGCAGCUACAUCAUCAGUAUGGUCUUGUGGUUCCUGGCCCUGCUGAUCAUGGUGCUGCGCUAUGUGCUCGCCAUCGAUUUUCAGCUGGUUGACAUUGAGGACAUGUUCGAUCGACCGCUGCAGCCGGUCUAUACGGAGGUGCAGCAAAGCAGUCCACAGCACAAGCAGCAGCUGAGGCCUAGGUCCGAGGAUGAUUUUCAGAGCGCCAAGUCACGACUCAGCGAUAUCACAGUGCCGCUGCUCGAUGCGAAGACCCACGAACAACAACAACAACAACAACAGCAACAACAACAACAACAAAUACACUUGACAACUGUCGCCUAAGCCUUGACUUUGUCACAAGCAAAAGCACAUCAGAAAUCUCAGGUUUAUUUUUAUACGAUUCUUUUAGCGAACAAAGCAGAGUUUCAAAGGGCGGAACUAGAAGAGAUUAAGCAAGAAGAGCUAGCUUCGGCCAGCCGAAGCUUAAAUAUUCUUGCAGAAGCCAAAGUUUCUUAUUUUACCUAUUUGGGAAUUAUAAAAGUAAUAUCAACUACCCUAUCUAACUGCCAAAAUGAGAUAAGCUUUCUUUAUCACGUAAGCCCUCAUGUAUGAGCAUCUUAUCAGUAGUGAAAUAUUAUCUCACGUUUGUUGUUAUAGAAGCAAUCAACUCUUAAUUGAAAUUUUGUAUUGCUUUCAAAACAAAAGGCAGAAAAUAUAAUAUACAAUUGCGAAACUUCAAAUUGAAGCAAUGUAUAUAGUCUCAGUUAUAUGAUCUACCACUCCACUGUUGUUGGGGUUAUUAAAUAUAAACUCUUGCAUCAAAAUUUUGUAUAGGUAAACUCAUGCACCAAGGAUUUUCCCGAUCGCUUUGAGUGUCUUUUAUAGCUCGUCAGUUUAGUAGGGAGAAUUCGAUGUACAAGAUUUGAGUACAAAAAUUUUAUUAGCUUAAAUAUAUUUAGCACGAUCUGAAAAUAUUUUAUUUAUAUACUGGAAUCACAAAAAGUUUCCCAAAAAAAACGAUGUUUUGGUUAUAUGUAAAUUUGUUUUCCAAAGAAAAAUUACUUCCGAUCGAUAACUCACUAAGACUCGGAUAAUGACUCAAUGAACCCAUGAUCAUGGCAUAAAUAUUUUUCUACCUUAGAUUACAUAUUCUUCUCUCCUUCAACCACAUAAUUCUCUGCAAGAAUAUUACAAAGGUUCUCUAUUUGCUGAAAU